AUGGGAGGCAAAGGAGGUGGUGGGGGAGGUAAAGGAGGUGGCAGUGGUGGUAGAGGCGGCAAAGGCGGUGGUACCGCUGGUGGAGGAGGUAGUGGUACCGGUACUGGUGGAGGAGGUAAGGGAGGAGGCUCUUCGACCGCUGGAUCUGGCGCCGGGAAAUCAUCAUCUGGAUCUAGUGGUGGAAAAAGUAGUACUGGUGGAGGAAUGAUGACUGCGCCAGGAUCUGGUGGUGCAAGCCAAAUCUCAAGAGAUGCUUUUGAGAGUAAUCCUGCUGGAUAUUUCCAAAGCACUCGAAAUUGA